CAACAUCCUUAGCUGUCAUCUUGGCGCAGAUUGUUGGUGUAGAUCGUUGCCGGACACCACGUGCUUGCGCGUAGUGAACGAAAUUUUGACGCGCACCGCCUCCUAUCGAAGACUUGGUUUGGACGCCGUGAUGGAUGCCCGACCUGUCAAAAGUGACUCGGUCCAAAAAGCUACCCCUUCCAUCGAGAUCUCGCCACUAUCAUAUGAGUACGUUCGCUCACCAUCUAAUGUCGAUUCCAACCUCCUCGUCCUCUUACAUGGGCUUGGCGAUACCCAUCUCCCCUUCUUGAAGCUUGGAGAAUCGCUACAGAAGACGCUGCCACAAACAGCUGUUCUUGCGCUUCGCGCAGGCACACCAAUCCCUCUUUUGAUGGGCAUUGGACAGGAGGCGUGGUGCUGGUGGGAAUCCUUCGACAUGCUUGGACAGGAGGUCGCCAAUCCGAAUCCGAGUCAAUUUCUACAGGCAUUUGCAGGGCUUCUCGAGCAUCUUAUCACGCCUGAAGAUAAUGGCGGUUGUGGCUGGCGCCCCAGCUCAAUUCAUCUGCUUGGCUUCGCUCAAGGAGCGAGCGCGGCGUUGGAAGGCACCAUCUUCUGGACGAAGCGUACUGUGCAUAGCGGGCAAGUGGCGGACGACAAGCAAGAGCUCGGCAGUGUCGUGAGCAUAUGUGGCAACCUUCUUUCACAUCCAACAUCCAAGAUGGCUGUGAGCACGCCUUUGCUUCACUUUCAUCGCCUCGGCGCUUCUCCUUCCAAAUCGGAAGUCGUCACGUCGUCGCUCUCGCGAGUCUUCGCAAACAUUGAGCAAGCAUCGAUGGGCCCCGUGCGAGAAGGCGUAACGGAGGCAAUGCCACAAGGUCUCUCCGAAUGGGAUCCUAUUAUGAGAUUCUGGAGCAGGUUGCUCAGGAAUCGUACUUCGUGGGAGCUUGAGGGCGAUCUUUUCACCAUGAGCAGCUCGAACGUUGGGCGCACGGAAGGGUCAUAUCCGGUCUGAAC